GCGGCGGGGCCGGGGGAUGCGGCGGCCGUAGGGAGCGCGCGGGGGGCGGCGGGGCCUCGCCAUGCGCUACAGCGAGCGGGAGCUGCUGUCCCUGGCCCGGCAGCCGGCGGAGAAGGCGGCGGAGAUCCUGAUGCGCGCGCCCAAGAAGGGGAGCGUGCUGAAGAAACGCCUCGUGAAGCUCGUUGUCAACUUUCUCUUCUACUUCCGAACGGAUGAAGCAGAGCCAAUUGGAGCUUUGCUGUUGGAACAUUGUAAAAUCACCAAAGAAGAGGAGAAUGUCUUUUCAAUCAGUUUCAUUGAGGAGCCGGACAGGAAAUACUCCUUUGAAUGUGACACCGAGGAGCAAUGCCAGGAGUGGAUUGAGGCUCUCCGAAGAGCCAGCUACGAGUUCAUGAGAAGAAGUUUGAUUUUCUAUCGGAAUGAGAUUCAGAAGAUGACAGGGAAGGACCCCCUGGAGCAGUACGGAAUCUCCGAGGAAGCCCGAUUCCAGUUGGGAACACGCAAGCUCUAACUGGCAGCCUCCGCCCCCAUCAAACCCCACUGGGGCUUAACUGGCAUUCAGCCACCUCCUUGGGGGGGGGUGUGUGAAAACACCACCCCCCUGCCAGGGGGAGCGCCUGGGACCAAGUGACUUAUUUAUGGACCAGAUAAUUUGUAUUUUUUUUUUAAAUGGAUUCAUUGUCCACUCCCCUUCCUGUUUGUCUUCAGCCCCUCGGAGCUCCCAUCUCCCUGCUGGGUUGUAGAAGCAGCAAGUCUUAACUGGGCACUGCUGUGUUGGCUUUAACUUGAUCGACCAUAAAACUGCUAGGCUGAGGGACAUAUGGGCUGCCCACUCCUAGGGCUGCUGAAAGCCGCCCUCAGGAGUCCCAGGGGCCUGGGGAUUUCAGCUAUGAUGCUGAUGUGGAAACAAGGCUGGACGUGCCCCAGUGGGAGCAGCCCAGUGGUCUUCCAGCACGUGGUGCUAUUAUAAGGCAGGGAUGAUCUGGUGUAGAGGGCCAGCUGGCUCUUAGUGCCGGUGUCUGUUUUAUGCCAAAAACGUGCCAGUAGUGGCAGCAUUUCUGCUGGGAAUGGCCUCAGGACUGGCCAUCCGGCUCUGCAGGCAGCCUGCCACACCCCCUGGUGGCUGGAGUUUGGCACCUGGGUGCUCAGAUGCUCUGCUGGCUUUUGGAAAGUUGGCCAAUUUCAAAGGGGGAGAGGAGGGCCUUACUUUAAGGGGGUGUUUUUUGGCUGAGCAGAUUCCUUUGCUCACAGUGGUGGGAUCCUUGGCCUUGAAAUGCCAGACUCGCCCCUCUCCUUCACUUUAACUCCGUCAGGCCUGCUCCAGCUGCUAGAUCUGCACUGCACACUGUUCAGCUCGGGAAAGUAGAUGCAGGGAGCAAAUGUUUCAGGGAGGGGAAGCCCUCAUCUGUUAUGGAUGGCUGCCCCCAAAUGGAGGAGGAACUGGCCCUUACUCUAAGCAGGAUUAAUUUGUCAUGUAACUGCAUGGUAGCUGCUGGUGCUCCAGCUGACAUGGUGGCUGUGUCUUCAUUUCCUUACAUGUACACACAGCAGCAGCGCUUGCUGCAGCAACUGCACAGGGUUACUGGGGCCUGUCUCAGCUCAACACUCACUAGGGUCUAAUUUUGAACUAAUGCAAAUUAAUUCAGCUACCAGGAGCCACCCUACAGCAUCUUAAAAUGCAGGUCUAACUUCCUGCACAGGUGUAGGGUGUGGCUUUCUCACAGGUGCCCAGGGGUGAGCAAGGCAAGGGUUUGAAAGACAGGUGCAGUGAGGCAGCCUCCCCCCCCACCUGACCUUGAGAGCAAGCUGUGGUUCCCAAUGGCAUUGUUCCCUGGCCUAGGAGUGCUGUGCUGUCAGUGGCUUCCCAGAGCAGGCAGCGUGCUGUCAGGCUAGAAAAAGCAGCUGGGUGGAUGCUGCUGUAGUCAGCGUGAGGGGUAGAAUCACAUCCUGUCCAUACCGAGCUGGGAGACAGGGUCCCACAGCAUGAAGAGCUGUGCAGGAUGGCUUCAGGCUUUACUCAACAUACAACACACCCCAUUUUGUUUCUGCUGCUUCCCUCAUCCUCAGCAGCUUGAGCAGAAAAGACCAAAGCAAUCCAGUGAUUUCUGGAGAGGGCUGGGAGACUUGCCCUAGUUUUCUCAUAAGAUGCUUCUCUCCAAAGCAGCUCCAAGGGGAGGCCCUAGCUGCAGGCAGCCUUCUCCCUGCUGGCUUUAGUCAGCAGGGACCAGCAUUUUCCCCCUUGCAGAGAUUUGCUUUUGGAUGGAAGCAAAGGGCCAGCUCCUUUACCUGCUGUAAGGCUGCCAGCAGUGAGGUUACAGCCAGGCACAAGUGGUGUGGCAGGGCGACUGGCUAUGGCUCCAGGGCUUGGCCUUGCACCCACCCGCUAAGCAGUACAGAGUCUGUUCGCACAAACCAACACGAGUGCACAAGGACAAACCCUGAAGCUACGAGGCUGCUUUCUACUGCAGGAUGCAAUUGUCAGGCAUGUAGCACUGUUACUUAGGACACUCCAAGGAGGAAAUAAUUAGGGUUUAGAACAUUAGCGGAGGCCCAUUGUUUUAGUACAAGACAUCAGCUGCAACAUUUUAGUAUCUCCAGUAGAGGUGGGAGAUAGGGGCCCUACCCACCUCUUCACCAGGACCAGUGUGUUCAAUGGAGGCUGGUGCUAGUAGCUUCAACAUGCAGCUCUAGGACUCAGCAGACAAGUCCUGAACAGUGUGGGAAGGAGGCCGUAGUGCACUCAUUUACCUGGAA